AUGACUCCAAAAGAAGCGUUGAGUUCUUCGAAUCCAGCUUCGCCUAUUCCUCUGAGCGAUUCUUAUGGUCGUCCUAGAAACUUCUCUUCAGCUUCCCAUGGCUCUACUCAGCGUACUGUUAGUGGUUCUUUGAAAAGUAUAAUUCGGGCGACCAGCACCGGUGGUGCCCAAUCAAGAAACUCCCCCAUCACCACCGUUGUUCCUGAUGAAUUGAUGCCCAUAGUUACUCUUAUCCAUGCUCAGCAGUCUCGCUGCUAUUUUGAGGCCAGCGUCAGAGUCCCUGCAGAUGAUGCUGACAGUUCUACUGCUGAAAUCUCUGUACAAUCUACCUCUACUAUCAUCUGGCGUCCUGCCUUGAUCAAACUUAUUGGUACGGAUCUAGCCAUUUGGCCUCAUCUGGGGGCUGCUGGCUCCGGUUCCCCAAGAAUGACCGGCUUCACUGGCCUUGGUUCCCCUAGAACUACUGGCUUCACUGGCAUUGCUUCUCCCAGAACAACCGAUUCCACUGGUUCCACCAAUUCCGCUGGCUACGCCGGCUCUACUGGCUCUACUGGCUCCACCGACUCCACGCAACCCAUAAUCAUCAACAUCUCGGACUCGGAACUCGAAUUCUUCCGUAGUAAAACCUUUUUUGACCUCAAAAUCAAAAUCACCAAUGAAAAAUCGUACUUUAUACGCACAGAAACAGAUGAAGAUCUAGAUUACCUCUUUGCAGGCUUGUUGUUAUCACAAUGCGAGUUCAAGCAGUUGCAGGAAAGCUUCACUGGUGCUCUUCUCUCCUCGAAAGCCGUUAAUUUCUCCGAUAUUAGGACUCUUCUUGACCCCAACAACCAGCAUUCUCAUGAAGAGUGGUGCAUUCUGAGAUUCCCCUUUAUCAAUGACAAAUGGGUUCGUUGUUACGUAGUGACCAUUCCUCCUUCUCAUCUUUCUAAUAAGAUUAAAAGAGGUGGUAAGAAAAAUGCAGAUGGAUCCAUUAGGACGGGUAAAGUUGAGAUUUAUAUCUCUUCUAAUACGUCCAAGAAGAAUCUUCUAGCGUCCGUCACAAAUGGAAGGUCCUGCUAUUCGCUGUAUCCAGAGAGUCCGGAAUAUAUCGAUAACAAUGCGCUCAUCAGAAUUUGGGGGGAUUGUUAUAUCAACCAUCAGUUGCUACAGAAGAUCAUCAACGAGAACACAGAUAAUGAAGUAGUUAGAUCAACUAGUAAAUCACUUUCAAAGAGAUUAUCAUCGAGUUCGCUAAGACAUUCGAGAAACAGUUCUUGGGCUAAACCUAGAGAGAGUUCAUUCAGCCUAUCUCAUCGUCAUACAGAUUCGGGAGUGUCGCUGGCGUCCUCCCACUCUGAGGCAGGAUUUGCGAAGCGGCCACAGAAGAUGAAGAAUUUGAAUAUUCUUCAAACAAAGCUUUGCUAUCUGAUCCCAGAGACCCACGGAUCUGUCUCACCUUGUGAGACGAUGAUUAGAUCACUUAUUCCAAUCAUGAAUGCAUUCCAUUUAUAUGGGAGACCCGAGAAAUUCUCAGCCAGUAGAGAAGAGAGCAACUCUCUAUUAUUUGGAUUUCCGCAACUUCCGCAUACUCAGUAUUUGGACAUGCAGAAUGCUUAUGAUCUUGUAUCGUUGAACAUUAAGAACUCUAUGGAACAGCACUGGUCCUCGUACGAAUGGGUUGAAGUGUUCAAAGAGAUGGUUCAUGUGAAGAUGUCCAAGGGAUGGAAUGGUACUGGUUCGAUAGUCGAGACGUUCAGAGAUGGAUUACUCUACGACAGAAACCAGCUCAUGUCUCCAGACUAUCUCGAGUACGAUCCGGUCGAUGACUUUGGCGAUAAUAGUAACACUAACAGUAGUUCUAUCGUUACAGAGUCUCCGCCAAUGACGGACUCCAUUGACGUGGAGGAAGGGAAAAGAGGCGUAUCCGAAACAGCAGCAGCAUUGGCAUAUAAGGAGUUUGUUAAAACGUAG